AUGUCGCGUUCCGUGGUGCCGUUGCUGUUCGUGGUGAUGCAGUGUGUCGUGUCGUGUACCAGCAGUGGCUAUACGAGUGGUAGUCCGUUGAUUGCUGCUGUCCUGAAACCGAACAGUUCGUGCGAUUCGAAGGAGCAACGCCAGGACCGGGAACCGAUCGUUUGCAUGGCCGAUGGGUGUGUGCGUGGUGUCCUUAAGGAUGGUAUGGCGGGCGAACAGUACGAGGCGUUUCUGGGUAUUCCUUUCGCCAAACCGCCCGUCGGUGAGCUGCGCUUUGCGGAUCCCAUCCCGACAGAAGCGUGGGGCGAAAAGACGUACGACGCGACAACCGAACGGCCAAUGUGCCUGCAACGGAACGAUCUACUCCCGAAUCCACCGGUCACCGGCAGCGAGGACUGCCUCUAUCUGAACGUUUACAGGCCAAAGGGAUGCAAUGAAUCGUCCGGAGCACACCCGCUACCGGUGAUUGUGUACAUCCACGGUGGUGGUUUCUUCUCCGGUACGGCCAGUCCACUUGUCGUCGGUCCCGAGUACCUGAUGGACAGCAAACGCGUGAUCUUCGUAGCCAUCCAGUACCGACUCGGUGUACUCGGGUUCCUUUCGACGGGCGAUGCUAUCGCACCGGGUAACUACGGGUUAAAGGAUCAGACACUCGCGCUCCAGUGGGUACAACGGCACAUUCGAAGCUUUGGAGGUGAUCAGCGACUGGUGACGAUCGUCGGUCAAAGUGCUGGUGCCACAUCCGUCCAUAUGCACAUGAUAAGCCCACGCAGCCGAGGCUUGUUCCAGCGCGCAAUUAUGAUGAGCGGCAACUCUCUGGUGCCGUGGAAUAUUCCAACAAAGAACCCGCUUGAUCUAGCGCAAAACACAGCCCGCGUGGUGAACGUGGAGGCUCCCGAAAAGCUAACAAGCAAGAUGCUGAUCGCAAAGCUUCGAAACGUCCCGGGUGAGAAGCUUGUCGGGAGUAUCUACAAACUGAAGCAAUGGUCCAUCGAUCCGUUGACGCUUUUCCGCCCGGUGGUGGAAUCGAAAAACGCCCCAAAUGCUUUCCUGAUCGAGGAACCGAAAGUAAGCUGGCAAAAUGGGAACUAUCAGCAGGUACCGUGGAUGGCAGGAUACGUCCCGAACGAGGGAGCCGUUCGAGCGCUGGCGAUCUUCAAGAAUAAACAGCUCUUUGGUGAGUUGAAGCGCAACUUCAGCACCAUCAUGCCGAUUCUGCUUGAGCGACCACCAUCGAAGACACUAAUGGAGCGAGUACGAUCACGAUUCUUCAACGAUUCCACCGACACCGAACCUAUCCGGGCUGAUCAGCUGCAGUCAUUCAUCGAUCUCUACAGUGAAGCAGCUUUCACUUAUCCCAUCCAGCUGGGUGUCAAGCAAUACACAACGGUUGCAAACACCGCAGAAGCACCAGUCAGCGUGUACAAGUUCUCCUUCAAAGGAAUCCACUCGUACUCGGCCAUCUUCGCAGCCGGCGAUCUAGGCGAUUACGGUGUGGUACACUGUGACGAUCUAAACUACCUCUUCCGGCAGCCGGCCAUUUUUCCCGACUUUGCUACCGGUUCACCCGAGCUCAAGAUGGUCCACACGUUCGUUGACUUUAUCAUCGAUUUCGCCAUCAACGGGCGGGCAACACCGUUGGCUCGGUACCGGAAGUGCAAGAACGACAAUCAGGUGUACCAAUCGAUGAACUGCGAUGUGCAGGAGUUCACACGGGUCGGUGACAAUAUUCAGGUGCAGACGAUCAGCGGUCGAAACGAGGAAAUGUUUGCCUUCUGGAAGAACUUCUACUAA